AUGGCUGUCUGGGAAGGAAAGAAAUACAAACUAGAAAAUAGUGAAACCUUCGACGAAUACAUGAAGGAAUUGGGUGUAGGUAUGAUUCUACGCAAAAUGGGUAACAGUGUCAGCCCCACCGUUGAACUGAAGAAGGAUGGUGAUAAUUACUCUUUCACCACUACCUCAACCUUCAAGACAACUACGAUCAACUUCAAGCUGGGCGAGGAAUUCGAUGAAGAGACACUUGAUGGUCGCAAAGUGAAGAGCGUCUUCACUCUGGAUGGCAACAAAUUGGUGCAAGAACAGAAGAGUAACAAACCAUCGACCAUUAUUCGUGAAUUCACUGACUCCGAGCUAGUGACUACUCUCACCCUCAACGACGUGAAGUCCGCCAGAACCUACAAGACUGUAUAA